AAUUGCAAGAUGGUUCAUGUGAUGAGGCUCAUCACACAUUCUGUGACAGUGAAUAUCAGCAGACAGAUGUGCAAAGGGGAGAAGAACCUUUGUUACUGCCAUUUACAUUUUAUAAGGUGGAGAGUGAGGUAGUGAAUGCGGUGGAAGAUACAGAACCUUCAUCAAGAGUGCACUCUGUAUUGGGUAGUGAGCCAGAGACACUGAAGAUAAGCUGUACACGAAAUGAAUGUGGAAGUAGAGGAUGUUUCUCCAGUGUUCCUUGUGAAAAUUUAGAUAUUCAAUCUGAGUGCAUGAAAAUAUCUGUGCGACGAUAUUCCAAAGACCUUCAACAUACACGUGACAUGUGCAGAAAAUCUGUUAGUGACCACAGCAUUUUGAAUAAAUGUCCAGAAGCAGAAAGUGGAGAACGCCCAUACCCUUGCAGUAUGUGUAAGAAAUCUUUUAUUCAUAAGAGUACUCUUUACAAGCAUUUGCGUUUGCAUAGUGGUGAACGACCAUACUGUUGCGAUAUGUGUAAGAAAUGCUUCUCAAGAAAGGCAGAUCUCACUAGGCACCUGCGUGUGCAUACUGGAGAACGUCCGUAUCUUUGUGGUGUGUGUAAGAAAUCCUUCUGUCACAAAAGUCAUCUGAUCACUCAUCUUCGUGCUCAUAGUGGGGAAUAUCCGUUCUCUUGCAAUAUAUGUAACAAAACAUUUAUGGAACCAUCUAAUCUCAAUAUACACCUACGCGUGCAUACAGGAGAACGUCCAUAUCUCUGUGAUGUGUGUAAGAAGUCCUUCAGUGUUCAGAGUAAUCUCAAUAAACAUCUCCGUGUGCAUAGUGGAGAACGCCCAUACCCUUGCCAUGUAUGUAAGAAAUCGUUUAGUGAAAAGGGUUCCCUUAAGAGACAUCUUCAUAUGCAUAGUGGAGAACAUAUGUCCUGUGGAGAGCAGACUAAUGUUGAUACAGAUGUGUUUCUGUAUAGCAGGGAACGUCCAUACCCUUGCAAUGUGUGUAAGAAAUCAUUUCGCUAUAAGAACCAUCUCAACUAUCAUCUGCGUGUGCAUAGCAAUGAACGUCCUUACCUUUGCAACAUGUGUGAGAAAGAUUUUCGUUAUAAGAGUAAUCUUAAUAAACAUCUGCGUGUGCAUAGCGGAGAACGUCCAUACCCUUGCAGUGUGUGUAAUAAACAUUUUAGUAACAAGGGCAGUCUCAAUAGACAUUUUCGUAUGCACGGCAUAGAACACCCAUAAUGUUGCAGUGCGUGUGAGAAGUCCAUUCAUCAAGAGAAUUAUCUCAGUAUACAUCUGCAGGUAUGUAGUGGGAAUUGUUCGAUGCCCUUGCAUUGUUUGUAAUAAAUUAUUUGGGGAGAAAUGUGCUCUAAUUAAGCACCUCUCUGUGCGCAGUGAAAAAUGUUUGUAGCCUUGCAAGAUGAGUGAGAACUAGAGGAGCGAACAGAAUAAUCUGGGAGUUCAUCUGCACAUUUAGGUGAAGAAAGUUCAUACUACUGUGUUAUCUGUAAGAAACCCUUUCAAAAUGAAAUUUGCAAAUGGUGAGAACUCAUCUGCUGAGACGUUUAUAAGAAACACAUUAGUUGUCCCAUUAAUUUGAAGUAACAUGUUAAAGUACACAGAGCCACCUUUCCUCGUUCCCAAGGUGACAGAGCAUGAAACUGGAAAGGACAGCAUGUGAUACCUCAUGCUCAGAAUGCUGGAGAAGUACUAUGACUGCUUUGUGACUAAUCAUUGGAUGUAUGAAGGCAGCGAUCUAGUGAGAGAAACAUUCAUGAUGAUCCUGAAGGUUUGUUUUGUGGCCUCAAAAAUGGUGUUGAUGGUGAUGGAUGACCAGAACCAUAUCAAGAAGGAAACAAACAUUUUCAGAAGAGAUGCAAGUCUACAGAUUGAUUACAAGGAUCUUUUUAGUGAUUGAUUUUUUUGGACAUUAUCUAUUGUCAUAAUUUUCAUUUAAAAUCACGUUUUGGAGACUUGACUCUGUCUCCAUCCUCAGGUAAAGAGUCUGCUCCUUUAGGCCUAAUUAAUAGAGCUUGUUCCUGUCUCCAGACACCAGAAGCACUGCUAGACAUGAUACUUAAAACAAACACUACAAAAGUCAUCCCUGAGAGAUAAGAUACAUGACACUGUGUCAAAUCAGACAGCAAGAAACCUUGUUCCCUCCCCACUAGUUUGCUUGUUGAGCACACGGAGUGAAAAAUCUCUGCACACAUUGAGCCCUGUAGCUUAAUCAUUUUUAUGAUAUUCUGGUCCAAAUUUGUUGCAGUUUCUUAGAAAUCGCUAUUUUUGAUGGCAAUAUUUCAGGAACACUUCUGAUAGAAAACUCAAUGAAGGCUUGUGUUAAAUCUGGUUUUACCCCUCUAAUAAUGGUAGGUAUCACAUAUUAAUUUGCAUACCAGCAGAGAUGUGGAUUAUUCUGAAUAUGACAGCCUUUCCCACCAUGAUGCAAAAUGACUGAAACAUGAGUACACUUCUUGUUUCUAUGAUAAGAAAAUACAGUUUUUGAUAUAGUUGUUGCUACAUCACAAAAUUCAGAAGAAGCUAAUUUUUGAAAACCAUUUUUGUUUCAUACCCAGCUUUCCAGUUCAGCCUUGUUCUCGUUCAUUGUACACAUCUUUGGCUUAUGAUGUAUCCUGCUCAUAAUUAUCUCCAUCCUUUCUGGCCUGCUGUGAGAAUGAUUCAUGUUGUGGCUAUAAUGUUAUGAAGUACAGGCUGGUUUGUUCCAUUAUAUGGAGCUUCUGAACACUGGAAGAUAAUUACUUUUGUGUGAUUUAAAAGUGAACACAGUGCAGUCUUAAUGUGCAUGAAUGAAAGUGGAACUAAAUUUUUUAAGAAUGUCUUCUGGGAUGUGGCACCAUGUAAAUCUUGUGUGAACACAAGAUCUACACAGCACCAUGUCCCAGAAGAUGAUAUUCUUUGUAGUCACCACUGUGAAAACCUCAAAUCUUACAUACUUGAUUUUUAAUCAUAAAUCACACUUGUAUCAUUACAUGUUUAUUUGUUAGUAAAUUUUUUUUUCUGUAAGUUGCUGAAGUGGGGGGAAAAAUUGAAAAGUCUGGUCACUGCUUUAGUCCAUUUUAAGAGCAUCUUGAUAGAAGAAAUGCAAUAUCUUAAUAAUAGGGUGAUUAGUGAAUAACGCACUGGAAUGGAUGUGAACGGAGUUGCUUCCAUCCUGACGAGAUGUGCUACACCGGUGCAUGCGUAAGCAGGAUCACAAAACACAAGCGGAGGGCUCUUGUGAACAUGGUAUUGAACCUUGGGGUUCCAUGAAAUGCUCAGAAAUUAUUUAGUAGCUGCACAACUAGCGGCUUCUCAAGAAAGGCUCAGGUUGAUGAGUAGGUAGCAUAGCAUGAAGACGUAUUUGGGAUUGGAAUUAUAGCUCCACCGUUGACCUCCGCACCAGAUUGAGGUGAGUGCUUAACUUCACAACACGAUUUUACCCCCUGGGAAACAGCCCUCGGUACUGUUUGGGUGUGUCCCAUAGCCGGUCUGGAUGCAAAGGAAUAGAGAAAAAUAUCUUGCCCCUGCUGGGAAUCAAACCUUGACCCUCUAGACUUGUAGCUAUUCUGGCUAAGAUCCAGAAAGGUUACGUAACUUUAACAAAUUCCUAUACAAAACAGGAGAACGCAGUAGGCUGUUGUAUUAUAAUAAACAGAAGUGAAAUAUCCAAACAUUAUAACAGAUCUGGACACUACGAUCACUUUCAGGGAUAGUUUUCUUUCGUUGUCACUCCCUACUUGGAGAUAACUCACAGACCCUGGAUGCCAUCAAGGGCUUCAUAACACCAGGGGUAGUUAGAAUACCAUGUAAUGAUGAAGCGCGAGUUCGAAAUGAAACGGAUAACUUACUAGUUAUCUGGAUAUAGCAAAUUUAUGAUGCAAGUGUGAACACUUUUUCUGCAUCCUGGUUCAAAACAAGCAUAUUUAAGGAUUGUCCAUGUAACAUUGAUGAAAUCAAAGUGACAACACUGGUCAUGUCAAAAUGAUACACUUUGUGAAUAUACCUCUGUACCAAAUACAUUAUUAAUAUAGUGAAAUGAUUCUAUGGUUAAAUACAAAAUGCAAAUAUAUGCAAAACUAAGAUUUAGUCUUCCAUGUUACAUACUAUUCAGCCACUAGAGGUUGUCAUUCAGUUCAUAAAUGGGUAUUAUUUAAGAUACUGUGUUCCCUUGUAUGAAGGUUUGUUAAUAUGUGAAUAAUGUUCAGCAGUGUGCAGCAUCUAAUUAUGGUACGUAUCUCACAAUGACAUGUCAGGUAACUGUCCUAUGUAACAUAUUCCCGUGUGUAACUGAUGAACUGUUUUAUGAUCCUCAGUACAAAUGUCUAUUCUGCAGGCAUACAUUUCACUGAAGAUC